UCUUUCGUUUUCAAAUACUUUUUUGUUUCGCUAUCUUCAGCAGUGAGAAAAUAUGAGCGAAGUAGAACAACCGCACGCCAAUCUAGUGGUUCCUGCGUUUGAGAAAACCGAGAAAGAUAACAAAACGCAGACGCAGAAAGGUCAAAGCUGCGUUUGGCGUUUCGGUGGAAGCGAUAAAGCAGAGAAAGCCUCCACGGUAACGCUCAGAGGUGUCAUCUACAUGCUCUUCGGCAACUGCAGCAAAGACGUCAAAAAGACUAUUUUACCCCUCGGCCACGGUGACCCUUCCGUCUACCCUUGCUUCCGCACCUCUAUCGAAGCCGAAGACGCCGUCGUCGACGUCCUCCGCUCCGGCAAAUGCAACUCUUACGGUCCCGGAGCUGGGAUUCUCCCCGCAAGACGAGCCGUCGCCGAUUACCUAAACCGAGACCUUCCGAACAAGUUAACGCCGGAAGAUAUCUUACUGACUGCUGGAUGCAACCAAGGGAUAGAGAUCGUGUUCGAAUCGUUGGCUCGACCAAACGCAAACAUCUUACUCCCACGUCCUGGCUUCCCUCACUACGACGCUCGUGCUGCUUACAGUGGUCUCGAGGUUCGCAAGUAUGAUCUUCUUCCUGAGAAAGAAUGGGACAUUGAUCUCGAAGGUAUUGAAGCCAUUGCAGAUGAGAACACUGUGGCAGUGGUUGUAAUUAACCCCAACAAUCCCUGUGGUAAUGUCUACUCUCAUGACCAUCUCAAAAAGGUUGCAGAGACGGCUCGGAAGCUGGGGAUAAUGGUGAUAUCAGAUGAAGUAUAUGACCAAACUAUAUUUGGAGACAAUCCAUUCGUUCCAAUGGGAAAGUUCGCAUCGAUAGUUCCUGUGUUGACACUAGCAGGCAUAUCCAAAGGAUGGGUUGUUCCCGGAUGGAAAAUUGGCUGGAUCGCGCUGAAUGAUCCCGAGGGAGUUUUCGAGACCACCAAGGUGGCUCAAUCCAUCAAACAGAAUCUUGACAUAACUCCUGACCCUUCCACUAUAAUUCAGGCUGCACUUCCCGCGAUCCUGGAGAAAGCGGAUAAAAACUUCUUUGCAAAGAAGAACAAGAUACUGAAACAUAAUGUUGAUUUGGUGUGUGAUAGGCUCAAGGACAUCCCCUGUGUCUUCUGUCCCAAGAAACCUGAGUCUUGCACUUACUUACUGACAAAGCUGGAGCUAUCAUUGAUGGAUAACAUAAAGGACGACACUGAAUUCUGCGUGAAGCUGGCCAGAGAGGAGAAUCUCGUGUUUCUACCAGGAGAGGCUCUAGGUUUGAAGAACUGGAUGAGGAUAACUAUAGGAGUCGAAGCUCAUAUGCUUGAGGAUGCACUUGAGAGACUAAAGGGGUUUUGUACACGCCAUACCAAGAAGAUAGAGACAGAUGAUGAGUCACUUCAAGCUUCGAAACCGAGUGACAAUAAUGUCCAUGUAUAAGACACAUUAAAAUGAAAUAAAACAGAAGUGGAUGUGUGAUGUAUGCCCAAAAGAUUAUUCAUAUCAUAAUUAUGAUUCAUGCUUUUCCAUUCUCA